AUGCCCUUCCAGAACCUCGUCCGCCUGUCUGUGGACAGCCCGGUCCACACCAUCUGUGUCCUGGGCAUGGAAAUCCACGUGGACAUCAACGGGUGUGCCCCCAAGGACUGCACGUCCUUCACCAUCCGCGGCACCGCCCGCGUCCUCAUCGACGUGUCGGGCGCCGUCAUCACGGGGAAAGAGGAUGCCUCCAUCUCGCAGUCCCUGCCCGGUCCGCCCCACGUGCUCCUCAGGAUGCUGUCGCCCAGCCUGAGCGAGGACGGCGACAAGGCCGGCUCUCGGGGAGACCUUGGGAACUUGAAACCCGUGGCUCUGCUCCCGGCGCUCCACGCAUUCUGCGCGCUGUCUCCACAGGUGCUGGUUUCCUACUUCUUCCCCAAUGAGGACGUCCCAGCCGCCACAGCCCUGCUCUACCUCACCGGCAUCGAGGUCUCCCUGGAGGCGGACAUCUACCGCGAUGGGCAGCUUGAGGUGCCAAGCGACAGGAUAGCGAAGAAAAAAUGGGUGUGGGGACCCAGCGGCUGGGGCGCCAUCUUACUGGUGAACCACAAUCUUGUGGACCUGGGCCAGCUCACCGACAGCGAGGUCAAGGGGAUCCUCUCUGAAGAAAUAAGUACUCUGGCUCACAUGACUCUCAUCGUCCAAGGCCCGGACAGCACCUUGAAGAACUACGGGCUGGUUCUCCACACUUCUGAGGAAGAGGCCAAGCGGGUCAGAGUCUACUGGCCCAUGAGGAUCCAAUCUAUGUUCAAGCUGGUGCUGGGUCCCAGCCAGCACGCCCAUGCCGUGUCAUCCCUGAGGAGCGUGGAGAAGACCUUGUACGUGGCGGCCAUCGACUUCCCCAGCAGCAGCUUUUCGGGUCUGGUUUCCUUCUCUGUCUCUCUGGUGGAACAGCCCCAAGAGUCGGGGAUCCCGGAGACCCCCAUAUACAAAGACACCAUAGUGUUCCGGGUAGCACCCUGCAUCUUCACACCCAGCACCCAGAUGCCUCUGGAGGUGUACCUGUGCAGGGAGCUGCAGCUGCAGGGUUUUGCGAGUUCAGUGACGGAGCUGAGCGAGAAGACCAACGUCCCGGUGGCGUCUGUGUACGAGGACCCCGCCCGCCUGGGCAAGUGGCUCCAGGAUGAGAUGGCUUUCUGCUACAGCCAGGCACCCCACAAAACCACCUCACUGGUCAUCGAUAGCCCUCGGAUUGCCAAGCUGGAAGAAUAUCCCAUGAAAUACUCACUGAGCCCCGACGUGAGCUACAUGACCCACGCAACAGAGGACCACCGGGUGGCCAGCCUGGACUCCGUGGGGAACCUGAUGGUGUCCCCCCCAGUCAAGGCCCAAGGGAAAGACUAUCCCCUGGGCAGAAUCCUCAUUGGCAGCAGCUUUUACCCCAGUGCGACGAGCCGGAGCAUGGGCCAGAGCCUCCGAAGCUUCCUGUAUGCCCAGCAGGUCCAGGCCCCGCUGGACCUCUUCUCAGACUGGCUGAUGAGUGGCCACCUGAGCGAGUUCAUGGGCUUCGUCCCCGUGGAAAACGGCAGCAAAGACACGAAGGAUUUCCGGCUGCUCCUGGCCAGCCCCAGGGCCUGCUACCAACUGUUUCAAAAGAAGCAGAUGGAGGGCUAUGGAAAUGCGACUCUGUUUGAAGAGGUCAGGCCCGACCAGCUCCUUUCUAAUGGGAGGGAGGCCAAAACCAUCAAUCAACUCCUGGCUGAUGAAAACCUGAGGAAGCAGAAUGACUACGUGGAGAAGUGCCUCCAUCUGAACCGCACGCUCCUGAAGAGGGAGCUGGGCCUGGAGGAAAAGGACAUCGUCGACAUCCCCCAGCUCUUCUACCUGGAGAAGCUCACCAACGUCCCCCCGGACCAGCAGACCGCCAAGCUCUUCGCCAAGCCCUACUUCCCUGACUUGCUGCAGAUGAUGGUGAUGGGCAAGAAUCUGGGGAUCCCCAAGCCCUUUGGGCCCCAAGUCGAGGGCGCCUGUUGCCUGGAAGAAGAGGUCUGCCGCUUGCUAGAGCCCCUGGGCCUCCAGUGCACCUUCAUUGGUGACUUUGACUGCUACCUGACUGACAUCGGAGACUUCUGCGCCUGUGCCAACAUCCGCAGGGUGCCCUUUGCCUUCAAGUGGUGGAAGAUGGUGAUACCGUAGCCCCUGGUCCUCAACCCUGGCAGCAGGGUUCCUGGCCCAGAGGGGACCCCGGAGGAUCCCAAGCAAUACACCCCUUCCUGCCUGGUCCACCUUAAGAUCCAGCGACGUGGCCAAUGAGCCCGCUGGUGGGCAAGCGGGAACUAAAGAGCAAAUAAAGCUCCAGCCUU